UUAUGGCAUGACUUAGUGAUAAGAAUCAAAUAUAUUAAUUAAAAAUUAUUCACUUACAUGAUGGCCAUCGGUACUUUGAGCAUAAUGCCGCAAACCUGCGAUUUUAGCUCAUAAAAUUUCAAUAGUGCCAUUUUAACCCUCUAAAUUUCACAAUUAUGCGAUCAAAUACACCAUAAAGCACAAACAUCGUUUCAUCCUCUCUUUCUAACUAUCAAACCAGACAACUAAAAUGGCUUCUUCUUCAUUUUCCGUUACCUCAACAACCAAAACCCCAACAAUCACCGCUGCAAUUUCCCACAGAUUCCACCAUUCCCAAAUCACCAAUCUCCGAUUCAAACCUCAAUCCCCUCUUCGUAUCUUCCUUAAAUCCACACGCAAACCCAUCACCACCCACCGCACCAACGCUCUCAAUAUCCAAUGUCUCUUUACCGGCCUCGUUGAAGAAAUCGGCACCGUCAAACAAAUCGGAGUAUCAUCUAACGGCGGCGGUGGUUUCGACUUAAAAGUCGACGCAAACACAGUCCUAAACGGCGUUUGUCUCGGCGACAGCAUCGCCGUCAACGGCACAUGUCUUACCGUAACAGAAUUCGAUACAGAAACUUCCGAUUUCACCGUUGGUUUGGCACCGGAGACGCUGAGAAAGACAUCACUUUCGGAACUCGAACCUGGAUCGCCGGUGAAUCUUGAAAGGGCAGUGACCCCGGUUAGUAGAAUGGGUGGACAUUUUGUUCAGGGUCACGUGGAUGGCACGGGUGAGAUUGUUUCUAUGAUUCCUGAAGGAGAUUCUUUGUGGGUGAAAGUUAGGGUUGAGAAAAAAUUGCUGAAAUAUAUUGUGCCUAAAGGGUUUAUUGCUGUUGAUGGUACUAGUUUAACUGUGGUUGAUGUUUUUGAUGAUGAAAGUUGUUUUAAUUUCAUGUUGGUUGCUUAUACUCAGAAUAAGAUUGUUGUUCCUUUGAAGAAGGUUGGUCAAAAAGUGAAUCUUGAAGUUGAUAUUCUUGUUGGAUGCUGUAGAUAUUGAUUUGUAAAAGAUUUUGCAAGAUUGCCCUCAGACAAAGCUUUACUAAAGAAAGCAAUGGGUUGUUUAUGUUGCAUUAAUACAGCCCCAAUGCCUCUACCAGCAGCAUCACAUUCCACCUCAAAUGGAAUAGAAAAAUUUGGUAAAAUCAAGACAGGAGGUGAAGUCAUGAUUUGUUUCAUUUCGACAAAAGCUUUUUCAGCUUCAAUUCCCCAAUGAAAAUUAUCUUUUUUUGUUAAUUUAGUGAGUGGUUUUGCUAUUUUGCCAUUAUUCUUAACAAAUUUUCUAUAAUAACCUGUGAGCCCUAAAAACCCACGAACUCCCUUCACAUUUGUUGGUUUAGGCCAUUUUAGAAUACAUUGGACUUUGGUGGGAUCUACUGCAACACCCUUCCCAGAAAUAAUAUGACCAAGGUAAUCUAUUUGACUAUUACCAAACUGACACUUGGCCUUAUUAGCCACAAAACAGUUAUCAACAAGGACAGACAACACUAACUGUAAAUGAUUUUUGUGUAUUUUUGUGUUCCUCAACAUCUUUGCUGUAAAUUAAGAUGUCAUCAAAGAAAACUAAGACAAACUUCCUUAAAUAAGGUCUAAAAAUGUCAUUCAUUGUGGCUUGAAAAGUAGCCGGAGCAUUCAUCAACCCAAAUGGCAUUACUAAGUACUCAUAAUGACCAUUGUGUGUUCUAAAAGCAGUCUUAUCAAUAUCAUUUUCAUGCAUUCUAAUUUGAUGGUAUCCAGACUUUAGAUCAAUUUUUGAGAAAAUAGUGGCUCCAUAUAGUUCAUCUAAUAGCUCAUCUGCUAUAGGAAUGAGAUACUUAUCUGGAAUUGUGGCCUUAUUUAGUGCCCUGUAAUCAAUGCACAUCCUCCAGCUCUUGUCUUUCUUUUUCACCAAUAUCGCAGGACUUGAAAAAGAACUCAUGCUAGGUCUGAUCACUCCUGCUGCUAACAAUUCAGACACUUGUUUCUCUAUUUCUGCCUUCUGAUGAUGAGGAUAACGAUAAGGUCUGACAUUGAUUGCACCUUGACCAGGUUGAAGAUUAAUGUGGUGCACUUGACUUCUCUCUGGAGGUAGUUGGAUGUGAUCUUUAAACACCUCUGUAAACUUAUUAAGAAUACAGCUGAAUUCAUUAUGAAUGUUAGUAUCAACAGCAGUUUCCAUAGCAUUAACUUGUGCCCACCACAAGUCUAACAUUUCACCUCUAUAAGUAUCCUCCAAAUAAGAAUUCAGAUAACUUUGUUUGAUCAGCUUAUGGCACAAACCCUGUAACUGCACCUCUUUAUCUUUCACAGAAAAUUGCAUUGUCAUUGCUUUCCAAUCCAUCACUACCUUUCCUAACGUACUUAACCAAGCAACUCCCAGCACCAUAUCCAUACCUCCCAAUUCCAACACAAACGCAUCCACUACUAUUUCAAAUUCUCCCACCUUCAUCUUCACCCCUUUACACAUUCCUGUUGUUGGCACCUUGUGACCAUCACCCAGUUUGAUGUUUCUAGUUGUAGUAGGUGUGAUAGCCAACCCUAAAGCAGUGGUUACUUUAGGAGAAAUAAAAUUGUGGCUAGCACCACUAUCGAUCAACACAAGCAGCUCCACGUUCUGAAUCCUUCCUCCUACUUUCAUGGUGUGAGACUCACCCAUGCUACCCAAAACUCUCAUCAACUUACAUUCCACCUCCUCUUCUUCGUCACUUUCAUCCUCCACUUCCUCCAACCUCACAAUUUCACCUUCUUCAUUUAAUGUUUCACCUUCUCCCAAAAUCAAGACUCUAAGAGAUCUUUCAGGACAAUUGUGCAUGGUAGGAUGCCAUUUACCACCACAUUUGAAACAUAAUCCUUUGCUUCUUCUCUCCUCAACUUCGCUAUUUUGAAAACUGCGAAAUCCUCUCCAUCUAUCGGAACCUCCUGAUAGUUGUUUUCCUUCGCUGUUUCGCGCCGUCGAACUCAUUGAUGAAUUCGCAUUUGAUCCAUUAGAACCCGUCUUAGAAUUCGGGUACGAUCCACCCGUGUUAGACACACGUGUAUUUUCCUUGGGCUGUGACCCAUUUCUACAUUUCAUCGACCCGGCCCAAUCUCUCAUAAUUGUUUUUCUUACGACGCUCUACCUCAACGUCAGCGUCGUCUUUCAGUUCACCUUCAACAUCCUUAGCUAUUCGCAUCAUUUCCAUCCGAUUACGAGGAUUUAAUGUACGAACACGCCUCCGGAUCUGGGGUUUUAACCCACUCAUAAAGUAACCCAGGUAUUGUUCUUCUGGAAGCCUCCCUACUUGAGAUGAGAGUAACUCAAACGAUUCCACAAAUUCUUCCACCGUACCUCUCUGUUUCAAGGUAGAUAAUUCUUCAAAUGGGUUUUCCAGUCGUCGUCCUCCAUAACGAGCAAUUAGCGCUCGUUUCAAUUUCUCCCAUGACAAAUCGUCCUCCGUCUCCAUCAGAAGAUUAAACCAAUGAAUGGUUGAACCUUCCAUACUCAAUCUGGCGAGCUUGACACGCAUCUCAUCAACGGUAUUUUGCACGUCAAAAUAUAUCUCUGCACGCGUAAUCCAAGCCACAGGGUCUUCUCCAUCAAACAGAGGGAGUUUUACUUUCUUUCCGGCGAGGCGAGAUUCACCUUGUGAUGAGUCGUUCACAGAUCUCUCCUUCGUUCCCAUCUUUCUGAGUCAGCUUAAGCAUCUGUUCGCUAAGCUUAGCGAGAACAUUGCUAUUGUGUUGCAUCUGGGUAUAGUGGUCUUGCAUCUGGGUAGAGUGGGUUUGCAUCUGACGAACUAAUUCAGCAAGCGUGUUAUCAACGGUACCCAUUCGAGUUUCCAAAACAUCAACACGAUCACCCAUCUUUGGUUUUGUGUUUCGUCUCGGUGGCAUCAACAAUCGCUGGUUCCGGGGAAUAGAUCCGGCAGGUCGGACCAAUUGAUAGAUAUUGAUUUGUAAAAGGUAUGAUUCUUGUACUGAUUCAAAUAUGUAAUGAAGCAGGAAAAGAUAUUUGUUUAUAUUAAUGGAAUAAAAAGGUUCAA